AUGCAAAAGAUGUUUCAGAAUGCAGCAGAAGAAAAUGUUAGAAGCAUAAAAGCAUAUGUUACUGAACUUAAAGAGCGUGUCGCCAAGCUCCAAUACCAAAAGCAGCUGCUUGUGUGUCAGCUGGAAGCAAAUGAAGCAGCAGGAUAUGAAAUUGAAAAUGUGGAGGACCUUCCCCCAAUCCAGCAGGACUCCCUGCAUCUUGAUAUACAUGAAAGUGGAACUCUCCGGCGUUUGACUUGGCUACAACAACACCUAGCAGAGAUUGGAAAUGCAAGCCCUGCUCCUCGUGUUGGAAAUGAUCCUUCAGUCUCCUUGUCAAACAGAGAAUUGAAGAGGGAAAGGGAGUUCCUUGCAAAGAGGUUGAAGCGUUUGUCGGAGGAAGAAAGGGAAGCGUUAUACAUUAAAUGGGAAGUUCCAUUAGACGGACAGCAGAGAAGAAUUCAGUUCAUCAACAAAUUGUGGAGAAAUCCACACGACGAAAAGCAUGUUCAUGAAAGCGCCGACAUAGUUGCUAGGCUUGUGGGAUUAUGUGAGAGUGGAAAGAUAUCAAAAGAAAUGUUUGAACUCAAUUUCGUGCUUCCAUCUAACAAGAAUCCGUGGAUGGUGGGAUGGAACCAAAUCACAGAUCUCCUUCAUCUGUGA